CAUCUAUUCUGUGAUAUUACCAUGGUCUUGUUUGACUAGAAGUGAUAACAGCGCGCUUAUCACAGCAAACGGCGGUACAUGAUUUGUUUACAUAAUUUUCGAUACUUGAUCGUAGAGGCUACAACUGCGGUACUGCUCUGCAUUCAGCGUUUCAGCGCAGCGUACCGCACAAAGCUCAAAGCGCUGACAGACACUCCUCGAGCAAUACCUUGUCGAUGUUUUAAUUUUACAUCUUGGGUGUAGUCUGCAUUUGCCGUCCGUUACAUAAAUCACAAGUCCGAAGUCGUCACCUGGAGAUUUUGCUAGUGGACGAGGUGAACUGUUUGUCACACGUUACUGUUUCUGACAAUGAUUUACUCUGAGGACGGCGACGGGGUGGCGCAAGAAGUUUUUAAAGCGAUAUUUGUCAACGACUUCGAUGACCUUCAGAAGAUCUACGCUAAACAUGACCUGAGCACGGAUAUACUGGAUGAACAUGGCAUGACGCCGCUCCAACACGCUGCAUACAAGGGCAACGAGCAAAUCGUCCGUUGGCUGUUGAACAGAGGCGCUGACGUUAAUUCAGGUAAACAUAAGUACCUGUACACUGCUCUGCAUUUUGCUGCCCUCAGUGGCAACCCUGUGGUGUGCAGCCUGCUGUUGGCUGCCGGUGCCAAAAGCGAACUCACCAAUACUGUUGGACGUACAGCUUCACAAAUGGGCGCCUUUGUAGGAAAUCACAACUGUGUGGCGGUAAUCAGCAAUUAUGUACCAGAAGAAGAAGUUACUUGUUACACGUUAUCCGACUCGAAUGACAACGAACCAAAGCUACCUCCAGAGUUAGCCCAACCUGUUCACAAAUUUAUUAUGAUGACCAACAUCCAUCCAGUGAAAGUGGCUCUAGAAAUACCUCCAGUUUUCCUGAUCGAUGAUAAUUCUUCAAAAAUUUACAAAGUGUUGAAUUUGAUGUGCGAGCGUGAAUUUAACAAAAAACUAGAGACUAAUGAAGUAAUGGCUUUUAAGUUUCAUUACUUAGCUAGCAUUCUGAUUGAAGUUGCCAAAUACAAUGAUAUGAAAAGUGAAAAACAGUCAGAUCCAAAAGAAUUAUUUAUUAAGAAAAUAUUGAAAAGUGAAAUUUAUUCAGAACAGUUUCUUAAGGAUAUCAUUAGAAUGUUUUCAUUUAGAGAUUGUACAAUUUUCAGACAGAUGGUUGCUAGUCUGACACGAGGUAAAGAUAGCAUGACAGCCCUCAAUGUUAUACUGGUAAUGAUUGGAAAUAGACGCGGUAUGGGCGUAGAUUCGUUUGGCGAUGAACGCAUAUGUGGUACAUGCGCUGAAAAUAAUGCUACCAAAAAAUGUGCCAAAUGCAAAGCUGUGCAAUAUUGCGACCGUGAAUGUCAACGCAUCCAUUGGUUUGUUCACAAAAAAGAGUGUAACAGAGAGGCCAGUAACAAUGGAGCCUUACAGACAUCUAUAGACAGUUCUCAUGUAGCCGAAAGUUUAUCUGGACUAGGGAUAAAGUAAAUUUCAUUCGAAGCAACUUAAGUAACAUUAUGCUGUGUAUAAUUAUAUACUAUCUAUGUAUGCAUAAUAUAUUUAACGAUUGAUUGACAGCAUAUGUUUUACAUUUCAAAUUUAGAUUACAUGUAUGUAGAAUUAUUAUUAAGUAAUUUGAAAAUAUGUGUCGUAAUAAAAUUUGUAUAAUCUAAAUAAUUUAGAGGCCUUUAAUAUUGUCAUAAAAACCAUAUAGUAUAACAGAAGAUUGUGUGACCUUUAUUUUAGACCUUUAUACUACGUUUGUUAGACAGUGUUUUGAUUUUGACAUUAUUUGUUUCCAGUUUAAUAAUAAGUAAUUCUGUACCUGUUUUUGAACCAUUUUUUCUGAUGAAUAAUAUGUCAUUAAUUUGAUUCAAUAAAACCUGCACUUCAUCUGUUAAAACAAUUUUGUCUAAAUAUAUUGAAUAAUAUAAUCAACAAAA